AAGAGAUCAUCGUUUUUGGCGUUGUGGGCUGUUGCACUGCUCCGUCGCCCGAUCCAGAGUAGACCUUGUUCGAAGGUACACUCUAGCCUUUGCGCAACCAAGUGCGGACUGCAAGUUGUUAGUUCUGCAGUUGGUUGCGAACGGCAUUUCACCGUAUAUCGUUGUGCAUUUACAGUCAUUGUCAUCAUUCAUAAAUACUUCAUUCACAGUUCGCCCUUUAUCUCUCCUCACCAACCUAUACAGGCUUUGAACACCGUCCAACCGGACACAUGCGCUCCCACAGAGUCCGAUAACAGUGACACGGCGGAACUGGCUGCCCAAGCUUCUCAGUGGCUAACUCGUGCACUGAAGUUCAAUCCACAGUGCGCAGAUGCGUGGUGCGAGCUGGGUGAGUGUUGUUGGCGCCAAGGCGAUCCAUCUGAAGCGGCCAAUCAUUUUCGUCAAGCAUUGAAAGUCAAUGUAAGUUUGUUUUCACAGCGCACAACUUACGCCUACGAUACUGACUGUAGCUACUUUUUUUCUUGCGUUUGGAAGGGCAGCCCAAGUAUUUAG